GUUUCCCCCGCCCAAAAUUCAGCCGAGCGAGAUUGUCGAGCUGUUUCAAUUCAAACCCUAGGACGCAAGAUCUCCUCCUCCAUGUCAAAUUUGUUCUUGUUGAGUUGAUAGGGCUACUGCAGAAUGUUGGGAGAAACUUGGGUUGGGCGCACCUGACGCUUUGGACAGUUAGGUGAAUCUCGAGCUUUGGAACGCCCGGCUCGCCGGAGAUUGCAGCGUCCGGCACGAUCGAUAGAUCGGAAAUCGCCGGGUUCUGACAAGAGUUGGCGAGAGAGAAAGAGAGAGAAAGGGGGCGGAUGGAACCAUGUAUGCUCAGUUUUUCGGGAGGAGCAGAAGCAGUUUUAGCUCUUCUGGAAAAUUCUCCAAUCUCUGUUGCUUAUCACCCUCUUUACGGCCCACAUGAUGACCUAAUCCUUCUCGAGCUCGAUGGGAAGCUUCUUGAUGAUGUCAUUCACCAGAGGGCAUUCUUAAGGGGACAUCCUGAUGAAAAUGCAGUUUUCUGUACUCAGUCUAAGACAUAUGCUGUGAAGUUUGUCGGUACUUCUAACUCUGUACUCCUCAUACCCUCUUCAAUCCAAGUGCCAGAGGAUGAAGCUUCACAGGAUGGUAACCAGAAGAGGUGCGAUCAUGAUGUUGCAUCUGUUAUCAAAUUGGCACCGGGUCAUUUGGAGCUUGUUGAGAUUGCUCCUAAACUGGAUAAGCUUAAGCUGCUUCUCUCAGAGAAUCCUUAUAAGCUUGAGGAUGUUUCAGCAAUGGAGCUGGAAGAGAUAGAAACAAAGAAAAUUGGAUUGUAUAGAUGGCAUGAUCUUGUAAAUGAAGUUCAGGCAAGUGAAGAGGAGCUGAAAUCUGGAUUGAAGGCUCUUUCAGCGGUAGAGAUUAGUGGAUAUUGGAGAUUAGUUGAUGAAUCUUGCAUUGGCAUGAUCCUUAAAAUGCUUUUGCACAACUCAGUCUUAAAUGACUGGAUGCUGAGUGCACUCGAUGAAGAUGAAGUUCUCCAUGUUCUGGAAGCAGAUGGUUUCCCUCGCAAGAUAGCACAUCAUUGUUUAUCAGUGUUUGGUGAUAUGGUCGAUGAGGGUGAAGGUAGAUGUGUCUGGAGACUAAAUGAGAGACGGGUUUGUGUGCAUUAUGCUAGAGAUGUCCUCAGAGAAGGGAAAAUGAGGAUCGAUAAUUUUACUGACGAGUGGAAGAAGAGGGUGCCUGAGGAGAUGGUUGCCAAUUUUGAGAUGUUAGAUGGCGAAGUUUUGAAGGAAAAGCUUGGGGUUGAAACAUGGGUACGACCAUUUAGGGUUUCUUCGUUGCCAUCUGAUCCAUCUGAGCGGUUCUCCAUUCUUUUCAAAGAACGUCCAAAAUGGGAUUGGAGGGACCUAGAACCCUACGUCAGGGAUCUAAGUGUUCCUGGUCUUUCUUUGGAAGGUCUACUCCUGAAAUUCACCAGGAGAGUGCAAUCUAGCCCGGAAGCGGAACCUGUUUUCAGUGCAAGAUAGUUGGCUGACUUGAGAAGAUUGAAAUAUUACUCAGGUUUCUCCUUUAGCAUCCUGGUGAAUAUUCUGAAUGCUUAAGGGAGGUCACCUGAAUGAAAACCAAAAUUCAACAUCCUUCCGCACAAGAGAAUGUCCAUGUCUCAUCAUUUGUUUAUUUUAAUGGAAUAUUUGCGUCUAUGUUCUAAAAUAACUGCUUAAAACUGACCAGGGCCAAAAGACGACUAAUUAUGUUCUCCUGGUGGAUUCUGUUAUGGCUAGGCGAAUCCGGAGAUAUGGUUACUGUGUCAGAGUUUUAUGGCAAUUUAGUGCAUGUGGAGUAUUCUGACCAUCAACUGUCUAGUUUGUUACAAAUUGCUCUACACAAUUCUGGGCAAGAUGCAACCUUUUAAUGCUAA